GGGUGACAGCAAGGAUUGGGCGCGGGCGGCGCGGGGAAGAGAAGGCUGGGGCUCGGUGUCGGUUCUAGGCGCGGAGACGUAGGACCUUGGUGGCUGUGCUUCCCUCCGUGGUUUGGGGCGGGGUCGCAGUCACCUGAACUCUCGGAUAAUGUGUUUCGUCUGUUGUAACAUGAGGGCCGACCUUCCUGCCUUGUGGACCUCGGGUCUUGUGAGUGUCUCGGUGUUCCUGGAAGUGCCAGCCCUGGAGAGACCCUCUGGGAACGCCUGGUGGCCCGGCGAACCUUCCCAUUUUACGUAUGGGGAAACUGAGGCCCGGAGACUGAAGUCACUUGACCAGGGUCACGCAGCCAGUGAAGGCCGAGCCGGUUCGUAGAACUAGGUCUGGAGUUCAUUGCUGUUUUUUGCAGCACGGUCCGAGACGGAAACCGUGGAAAUUGGAGGCGAGGACCUAGCCUUCCGGGAGUGCGCCUGUGCUCAUCUGCAGUGUGGCUGGUCCGGUGACCGCACAUCCCUGAGUUUACCCGUCUUGAUGACAGCAAACACUGUGGCGCUGUAGGCACCGCUUCCCUGAUUGGAUUGCAAGGCCAUUGCACAGGUGCUCCUCUGGACCGGGUGUCAUGGAAGGGCUGCUGUCAAGAUGCAGAGCACUGCCCGUCCUGGCCACCUGCAGCCACCAGCUCUCUGGGUACGGUCCUCAUAGGUUUUACCACUGUGACCCUGAGAGAGGGAAGCGCUUGGUGCUGUCCCGUGUGUUCCAGCCCCAGAAUCUUCGGGAAGACCAGGUGCUCCCUCUCGAGGACAGAUCUGGCAACCUGACCUGUAAGAGCCAGCGGCUGAUGCUGCAGGUGGGCCUGAUCCACCCGGCAAGCCCCGGCUGUUACCACCUCCUGCCUUACACCGUGCGUGCCAUGGAGAAGCUCGAGCGGGUGAUAGACCAGGAGAUGCAGGCCAUCGGGGGGCAGAAGGUCAACAUGCCCAGCCUCAGCCCAGCAGAGCUCUGGCGAGCCACCAACCGGUGGGACCUGAUGGGCAAAGAGCUGCUGAGACUUAGAGACAGACACGGCAAGGAAUACUGCUUAGGACCCACUCACGAGGAAGCCGUCACGGCCCUGGUUGCCUCCCAGAAGACAAUGUCCUACAAGCAGCUCCCGUUCCUGCUGUACCAGGUGACAAGGAAGUUUCGGGACGAGCCCAGGCCCCGCUUCGGUCUUCUCCGCGGCCGGGAGUUUUACAUGAAGGACAUGUACACCUUCGACUCCUCCCCAGAGGCCGCCCGGCACACCUACGGCCUGGUGUGCGAGGCCUACGGCAGCCUGUUCCGCAGGCUGGGGCUGCGGUGCGUCAGGGUCCAGGCGGACGUGGGCAGCAUCGGGGGCACCGCGUCUCAUGAGUUCCAGCUGCCGGCCGACAUCGGGGAGGACCGCUUUGCCGUCUGUCCCAGCUGCGGCUUCUCAGCCAACACGGAGACGCUGCGCUCGUCGCAGACCGACUGCCCGGCCUGCCGGGGCCCACUGACCAAAGCCAGAGGCAUCGAGGUGGGGCACACGUUUUACCUGGGCACCAAGUACUCCUCCAUUUUCAAUGCCCAGUUCACCGACGCCCAGGGCAAGCCGUGCCUGGCCGAGAUGGGCUGCUACGGCCUGGGCGUGACGCGGAUACUGGCCGCCGCCAUAGAAGUGCUGUCCACGGAGGACUGCAUUCGCUGGCCGGGCCUCCUGGCGCCUUACCAGGUGUGCCUCAUCCCCCCGAAGAAGGGCAGUAAAGAGGAGGCGGCCGCCGAGCUUAUGGGCCACCUGUAUGACCUCAUCACGGAGGCGGUGCCACAGCUCCACGGGGAGGUCCUGCUCGAUGACAGGACCCAUCUGACCAUUGGAAACAGACUGAAAGACGCCAACAAGUUUGGCUACCCCUUUGUGAUCAUCGCGGGCAAGAGGGCCCUGGAAGACCCCGCACAUUUUGAAGUUUGGAGCCAGAACACCAGUGAGGUGGUCUUCCUCACCAGAGAGGGAGUCACGGAAUUUCUGAGCCAAGUGCGGGUUGUCUGAAAGCCCCCGAGCCAUCCCCACCCCGUCCUGCAGCCUUGGUGUUCAUUCUAGUGCUGCCUUUUCCUACGCUCCCUUCCAGGGCCGGUCUCUCCAGAAACAAGGCAGCUCAUGGAAGGGGGGAGCGUGUUAGGGAAACUGACUUUUAUCCAGUCCUUUGUUUAGACUGUUUGUAUUUAAAGUCCGUGAUUCCAUUCUCUGGGCUGACCUUGCUGCCACAUACCAUUCCUCUUCUAUUCCAGCGUGGAGGCUUCUGUGAGGAGGCAGAGGGGCAGGAAGGAGCUGCUUCCCUUGGCCCUUGGGUGAGUCACUUCCCUUCUCUCUGCCGAGUUUCCUCUGUGGAGGGUGGGAGUGGCCGGCGCCCAAGACCCUCCCAGCUCUGGCAGUCUGACCCCUGGCCUCUUGCUGUAUUUGGUCUGGAGAGCAGGCCCACCAGCCCUCCUCCACUUGGACAUGUCCCUUCUCCUGCCGGGGCCUCAGAUUCCCCAUCUGUGACAUGAGAAAAUGGAACUAGAUCUGUAAAGUCCUUACAGCUGUCACCGGCAGGUUCCACAAGAGGUUUGUGACAGGCAGAUCUGGUUCCUCUGGUGCCCCAUAGUCUAAGCUACGGAGGAAGUUGAUAGAAUUGGCCAGUGGCCCGAAAACUACCUCCAGAGACCUGGCUCCGCUGAGGCGGCUCAGCGCAGAGGUCAUGCUCUAUGGAUUGAAUAAAGUCAGACUGCCAGGACGAGCCUCGCCCGUUAGCGCACGGCGGUCACGCCUGCCAUUUUAACUGUGCAGCGGCUUCCUACCUGAGACCCUUCUGUCCUUUCUUUUUCUACCAUUUCUGCAGUCCACUCAAAAACAAAAAAACCCUAUUUUUGUUGGCUGGGAAUAUGUUUGAAACAUUUCUUCCCCCCAAAGGUGAGGGAUAGCAGGCUUCAGGUGUCACGGUGAGCCUGUCCUGGGAGCAGAGCUGGGUGCUAGAGCCAUGCCAGGGGCACAUAUCAAGGUCUCUGCCUGAAUCAUGUGGGAAACUAGGAUCAGACUUGAGCCGCCCCAGCGUACUGCACUUCUUGUCUUGGCCAGUUCUCCCACCUGCCGAACAGCUUCCGAGCAGCGGGUUUCCUAGUUAUUGUACAUGCCAGGCCCUGAUGGCCCCCAGGCCUACCACUGGUGCUCUGGGCCCAGCGUUCGGGUCAGGAGAUGUGCGUUCUGAGAGCAAACCUAGAAAGGCUGGAUUGUAAAUGAGGGGACCUUCCCCUUGGCUGCACUUUGGUCCCACCCAGUCCCGGUUAGGGUCUGGGGUGUGGCCUAGGCUUCAUGCAUUUUAAAGCUUCGUAGAUGAUUCUACCGGUUGCAGCGUACUUCUGGGCAGUGGCCGUCCCUGAGCGGCUUCGUAGCUGAGCGUUUCUUUGAGUAAUUUGCUCUGUACGUUAUCAGACUGCUGCGAGCUCUCUGCUUUUAAUGGUCUGCGCAUUUAUUUGUGGAGGGCCUGCCACAUACCACUGUGCCGUGAGGCACUUUUAUAAAUUAUUUUCAUACCUUAAACUGUGAGAGGUGGGUGCCAUUCUUCUUUUACGGAGGAGGGACCUGAGGCUCCAUCCGCAACUUACUCGAGGACGCCCAGCUAUUAAGUAUCAGAGCUGGAAUCCCAGUACUGACCAACACCUACGCCAUUCCCGUGACAGCUGCGUGGCUGUUGCCUAGACAAAAGUGACUUCCGUAAAUAAACUGAAUUAUUUGUGUGUAGCUAAUCAAAUUAGCCUCAACUAGAUGAGCACUUAGAAUUGUGCAAAUUGGUGUUAUACUAUUUUUAAAAAUUUAAUUCUUACUGAAGUAUAGUUGACACAGAGGGUGACAUUCGUUUCAGGUGUUCCACAAAGCGAUCCAGUAACCCUGGACUUUACGCGGUGCUCCCCAAAAGUGUAGCCUCCGUCUGUCACCGUGCACUAUUCAGUACCACUGGCUCUAUUCCCUGUGCCGUACCUUUCAUCCCUGUGUCCUAGUCAUCUGUAAUUGGAAGCCUGUACCUCCUACUCCCCUUUCUUUAAUUUUAAAUUUGUGCGCCAUAAGCUGAUUUAUGGAAGCUGGAGGGCUAGCCUAAUGUAAGCACUUUCUAAAACCAGAUUUCAGGAAGAGAGAGCCAAUUAACUUUAAACUCUUCAUAAAUGUUCAAGUUACAAAAUAAUUUGAGAACGAUACAGAAUCAUGUAAGUUUAGAACAGGACUUGGAGCCCGCCUGUCCACCCCUCAUAUUUCACAGAUGGGAAGCAGGCCUGGAGUGGGAGUUAACCUGCCGCACACCAUCUGACUGGCAGAACACCUGAUUGCAGGCCAAGAGCUAUGCCCCGAAAUCAGGCUAGCUCCAGUCGAUCUUGUUGCAUCAAGAGGUCUGGCUGGAUCGGCCUCUGAACUACAAACGCCUUGUAAGUGUGAAACAGGUACUGUCCUUUAUUUUCCAAGGGCGUGCAGUGACUGGCCCGAGGGCAAGCCAAGUGGGAACCCAGGUGUCCUGAUUACUAAGCCAGUGUGUCUUCAGAGGCCAGGGGCAGUACACUAUGGUGGAAAGACCAGAACCCGGAAGAGACACAAUCCUGGAUCCACCAUGUACCAGGGACAUGGUCUUAGACAAAUUACUUGCCCUUUAUGCGUCUCCGCUUCUUCAUCUGUAAGAUGCACUCAUGGCAGUGUACCUCCCCGGGGUUGCCUCAGCUCACUUGUACGUGAGAUGCUUAACCCUGUGCUGUCAGGAAACACUUCCUGCACACCAGACGACAGGACAUGCCACCGUGGAGCUCCGGAUCUGCUGGUAACGUAGCUCAGGACCCGGAUCAAGUUUUCUUGAUGCGAUGUUUUAUAACCUUCCUGGGGCGUGCCGUGGGCAAGAAUUAAGUAACACCGGUGGAAUGGCUCCAUCUCCUUAGAGGAAAGACAGAUAUUCAGACUGUCUACCUUAUUCUCUUCUGUCCGAAUUUGCCAGUUAUCUCUUGCCAUAAAUUGAUGAAAUGGGGAUGCUGGCAAAAUAACAGGCAUAGGAUUUGUUAUCAUUGCUCAUUCCUUGGGGAGAUCUGGAAGCACCUGGCCAGGAGAUAUUUAGCAGAAUUAAUACUUGGGGACAAAAGCUGGUGCAUAACAAAACCAUUGUGUAACUCAAGCUGAGAAUGUAAAUCAAGGGCUCCAUUAAUAUUCUGUGUUUUAAUGGAAGAAACACCUGCUGGGCUACCAAUAAAGGCAUUUUGCAGAAA